CAAUCGCGGAUCGAUAAUUCCUUCAACCUAACCUAAUAACAGCUCGGCGCACACGUAACGGUGCUGUCGGAAUCCGAUCCGAGUGUUUGUCAUUGUCGGCCGCAAAAACGUGCGAAUUGCGAAUCAAAUGGAAUCUACUCGUGUCGACGUCGUAUCCUCGAUGUUCCUACGAUCGAAUGAUUUGCACACGACAUAACUGACGGUCCGCGUGACAACGGUGAUCGACUAAUGGGGAACGAGAAGAGUGCUCUACGCGGUCUCGAGAUCGAAGACAAGGCCGUCGAAGUUACCGAUUAUUGGAUGCACUACGAUGCGAGCGUGCACGACUCGAACCUGCAGAGACUGUCGGUCUUCAUCAGCGAACCAUCGCUGCACUUUGCAGCCACGUUCGGUAGACCGUCGCCAUUGGAGCGAGCGGCGAAGAAUUUUAUGUUGCAUCGGCAUCCUUGUAUCUUGAAAUAUAUUUCAUCAUGGAACAAAGGUAGCAAGUUCUUCCUUGCCACAGAAGAAGCCAGACCACUGAUUCAAGUUAUUGAAAAACAAAAUAUAUUACAAAUAUGUAUCGGCCUGCACAGUAUCCUGCGAGCGUUAAUAUUUUUGCACGAGACUGCAUUGGCAUCACAUAACAAUGUGUGCAGUAGUUCUAUCUACGUCACUACGGAGGGAUACUGGAAGUUGGGUGGAUUAGAAUGCCUAUGUAAAUUCACAGAUGCAACACCGACGUAUUACCAACGAAUAAAAAGUUAUAGAUACGAGAAGGCAAUAUCGUCGAACGAAGAUAUAGCUGAUCUAGUUAAGUCUGCUAAUCUUACCGCAAUUGAUGCAUAUGCAUUUGGAGUAUUAGCAGAGGAUAUUCUAAAUAAUUUACAAAAUACAGAUGAAGCAUCAAACUUGUUGGAAUUUAGGGAAUUUUGUAAAAAGAAUCUGCAGAAUUCAGAUGCAUGUUUAAGAAGUAGAUUAUUGAACGUGCUGCAACAUUCGUUUUUCACUCACGAGUUUAUAAGAAUACAUGCAUUUCUAGAAGAAUUACCAUUAAAAACCGACGUCGAAAGAGAAGAGUUCUUCACGAAAUUAAGGCAACAAUUACAAAUGUAUCCCGAGGCUGUUGUUGCUGAACAGUUAGGGAGGGUACUUCUUUCCAGGAUAGUUUUGUUGGAUAGCACUGCCCAAGUAAAACUUUUACCUUUUAUCUUUAAACCCAAAGAUGAAAAAAAUGAUUUGGGAACUAGUCUAUUUACAGUUCCUACUUUUAAGAGCAUUUUAAUACCAAAACUUCUACAAAUGUUUUGCAUUCGAGACGUUUCUAUUCGUCUAUUAUUACUGUCUCAUUUCAAUUCAUUCGUGCAUGUAUUUGAAGCGGACGAAUUGAAAAAUCAUAUUCUUCCUGAAUUACUCGUUGGCAUAAAGGAUACCAAUGAUGAUCUUGUCUGUGCUACGUUAAGAGCACUGGCUGAUAUAGUGCCGAUUUUAGGUGCAGCAACAGUUAUCGGUGGAAACAGAGGGAAAUUAUUUACAGAUGGUCGACCAAAUAAGAUAGCGAUUCGAAGCAAAAAUCUCGAUGACAUCAGCAAGGCUUUAUCAUUUACUCGCGAGAUGCCUGUUUUCGUAAAUAUAGAUGAAAACAUUAACGUUCAUCUAGCAGAGAGGCCAUCGCCGGAUGGUGGUGAAGACAAAAAGGAAAAGGAAUUUUCAUUCGUGGAGGAGGAGUGCACCUGGUCAGAUUGGGAAACACAAGAGUCAGUUGGGAAUGGUCAUUUUCACAUAGAAGAAGAAAGUCUAUUGGAUACAGAGAAGAUAGAAUUGCAAGAUCCUACUUGCGAUCCCUCGACGUCACCCUCGCCAUUGCCGGAAUUACCAUCGAGUGAAACCACAGUGAAACCAAAGUAUACGAAGAAGCUGGUACUUUCUGAUAUUACCGAGCUCGACAUAAAAAAUUCAAAAGUAAUAAAAUCACCGAAGGAAGAAUUUGACUUCUUUACAGAUAUGGAACCUGUGAUACAGAAGACACAGGUCUUGCACAUACCGGAAGUGCAAUUACCGAAAAGUAUGUUCGACGUGAAAGCAUCGGAUGCCACUUUGGAAGAACACGACGUUAAUGGAUGGGGGGAAGAUUUGAGUGAUUUGAGCAUAGAUGAUACAUAUGAACUGGCGGAACAGUGACCAUGUAAAAAGAAUGAAGUUAUUUGCACAAAGAAACAAAAGAACUCAUGCGAUAAGAGAUACUCGUCCCGAUAUUCGUAUCCAUUUUUAUUAAACGUCCUGUAUAUGUGAUUACAAAUAUGAUGUAUAUUAAAAUAAGUAUUUUUAUUAAAUGUAAAAUAUACGUGAUUAUACAACAACAUGAUAUCUAA